AUGUUUUGUUCAUCAUUUUUUUUGUUCAUUUAUUUACAACAAAAUCAAUGUCAAGGCAUUCAAACGGUGUACACCAAUGCCGUCGCCGGCAAUCGCGAACAGUUGUCACCAAAUGAAUAUGAGACCAUUGAUGUCCAACAAAACAAUGGUGAUACUCUCAACUCGGGUACUCCAGAUUUAAAAUCCAAUCAAUAUUGGGGUUAUCCGGGAUUCAGGAGGCGAUGGUUUGGUGGUUAUGGUGGCUUUGGAGGCUAUGGAGGUUACCGGCCGUUUGGUAAUCGACCAUUUUGGGGCGGUUAUGGCGGAGGUUAUGGCGGAUAUUAUCCAAACUAUGGUUACGGUGGCGGCUAUGGUGGGGGUGGUUAUGGCUAUAUGGGUGCGCUGUCCAAAACAGAUACCAAAAAGAUAUAA